AUGGCCGGCGGCUACGACGCCAUGGCCAGAUCCGGCGACGACAAGGACGAGGAGGCCAUGAAGAGCCUCUACACCGGCACAGCCCCCGCCCCCGCGGAGGAGGAGGAGGAGGUCGACGAGGGGUACGCCGUCGCGCUGAUGAAGGCAGGGGAGGAGAGGAGGAUCGGGAAGGAGGGGCUGCAGAAGUGGCUGGUGCGGGAGGGGGAGGGGUCGCAGCUCCCCGGCGCCGGCGACGAGGUCGAAGAUAACGUGCCCUCCUCGCUUGCUGCUUCUCCGGCGUGGACGGGAUAG